GGUGCGCACUUCAAACCUCAUGCGGACAAAACAACUAAAAAGGAGAGACGCAAGGGAUCACUAGCUAUCUUCACAAAUCCUCGUCAUAAGGAAUGGAAAAGUUAAAUAAAUUAGCAGCUCCCGCAAGUGAGAAGCUGAGGCAGCUUCAGAAGAUGGUGGAGGACAUUAAGAAGAAUGAUGGUAGCAUUCUGAACCGCCUGAAGAGGUUUCAGAAUGAGAAAGCAGCUUUUAUACGCAAAACCGGGAAAAGUACCUGGAACCGACUGAAAAACAAACCGCCGCCGAAGUUACCUACGAGAGACUACAACGCAGAUGAAGAUGGGGACACUGAUGAGUGGUCGGGGUCUGAGUUUGACAGCGACACGUACGAGGACCCACUGGAGGACCAGGACGACAGCUACGAGCCCCCGCCCAGUGAAAAGGGCAAGAGGGUCUUCACCCCCAGCUCAUCGGCCUCCUUUCCCAGGGGGGAGUAUGUAGACAGUUUACGUGACAGGCCCAGCCACACCCACAGGAAGCCAGUUCAUCCCCCAAGGGACCCCAAACCACUGCUGCCUCCCAAGCCAGCCCAGCCCGAGGAGGACAAUGAGGACUACAUUAACCCAGAGGAGGGAACGGAUGAUGACUACAUUGAACCCUCAGAAAAACCUGCUCCAAGCAAACCAACUAAAGACACGAAACCCCCCUUUGUGAACAGAGGAGUCAAACCAGCGACAAGUCGCCCCGCAGUUUCCAGUGCUGAGUCAGACCGCUCAAACAGUCCAGAUUUGUAUGAGGUCCCAGACCCAGAGGACAGUGCACCUUCAGUGAGCAGAUUGAGUGCACAUCUAAAUCAAACAUUGCCACCAAGAGCCAGCCCCAGACACCAUGUAAAGAAGCCAGCUCCAGAACCAGUGGAGAAUGAGGAAGAUGAAUAUGAAAUCUGUGAUGCAGAUGAAGAUGAAGACAUGAAAUCAAAGGAGAGCACUCUACCUGCACUCAGAGCUCCCAAACCAAGACCAAGAGGCGUGAAUAAACCAAGUCUGCCACUUAAGCCGAAAGCCGACUUGCCAAAUACAGAGCAUGAAGCCCGACCAAUGGCCUCAAAGAACAACGUCCAGAGCCCAUUGCCUCUUCCCCCUGACUCCACCCAAUCAAGGUCCCCCCUUCCCCGGCGGAUUUCCUCCCCGCAACCUCCCGUGGACAGGGGGGCUGCGCCAGCACCCAGGAACGGGCACAGUGCCGCAGAGAAGGAGGCAGGUGUGUAUAAGAAAGCCUGGUACGCCAGCACCUGUGACCGCCGCGCCGCUGAGGAAGCUCUGAUCCGCUACAAAAAGGACGGGGCCUUCCUGGUGAGGAAGAGUUCCGGACAGGACCCCAGUCAGCCCUAUACGCUGGUGGUGCUCUACAACGGCAGAGUCUACAACAUUCCAGUACGUCACAUCCAGCAGAGCCAUCAGUAUGCUCUCGGUCGAGAGAAGAAAGGAGAGGAGCGUUUCAGCAGCGUCUCCGACAUCAUCGAGAACCACCAGAGAAACCCCUUGGUGCUGAUCGACAGUCAGAACAACACCAAAGACUCCACCAAGCUGCAGCAUGCUGUUAGGCCCUGAGGACGGAACAUGUGGAGCGUGGUAUUCUGCAUGGCAUGCAAUACAGUGCUGUAUCCUUGUCUCGUGCACUCCUGAGCGUUAGAA